AUGUCGUCAACACCAGGCUCCGCGCGCCCCAUGCGCUCCCCCGCCUCUGCCGCCUCCUCGCCCUCGACCUUGUCCAAGCUGCGCGUUUCGCAGCAGCACUCGUCGUCCGUGACGGCCACGAUGCGCGACCGGCAGUCCCGCGGCAAGGACCCCUACACCAAAGGCCACGGCCGCGAGGAUGAGGAUGAUGAUGAAGACGAUGACGAUGAUGAUGUGGAUCUUGAUGAUGACGAGGAUGAGGAUGGCUCGAGGAUGCGGAUCGGCAGUGUGCCGAAGAAUGAGAGCUUUGAGGAGAGGGAGAAGAGGCAGUUUGCGCUCGCGGUGCUGGACAGCCCGGAGCAGCUGAUGAUGUAUGCCCAGAGCGCGAAUGAUAGCAUUCCAGGACAGAGAUAUCGGUUCAUGAUGGCGCUGUGCGGGUUUGCCGACGAGGAGGAGCAGCAGCGCCAGCAACAACAACAGCAGCAGCAGCAGCAGUCGGCGCGUGCGACUCGACGACGUUGA